AUGGCAGACUCAACUACUUCUAUCCUCUUUCAGAUCCCAUGUGAACUGCGCCUUGAGAUCUACCGGCGCGUGUUCUUCAUCUAUCCCCACGCGAGAACCAGAGUCAGUGAAUUCAGGCUCAGUGAAAACACAGAGACUCCCCCCUGCAAAGCCUUUGAGGUGUACAUCCAUCCAGCCAAACCCCAUGCCUCCGUCUACAGAGGAGCUCCGAACGAAUACCGCUCGCAAGAAGACCAGCAUCGUCUCCACGAGUACCGCUACACACCCCAAGAAUUCCUAGCCAUCCUCAGCGUCAGCAAAGACGUAUACAAAGAAGCGAUGCCCCUCUUCUACUCGGAGACAUUCUUCUGCUUCCCGAAGAACGGACGUCUGGGCUUGCCCACCAGCUUUCUGUGCAAUAUUGGCCCGCGUCGAGAGCAGUUUGUCCGUCGGCUGUCGUUCGAGCUCCCACCUCUUAACUACCCUUGUACUAUCGAGGAGAGACCUACUCUGAAAUGGGUGUCUGUGUUUCUCCGGUUCAUGAAGCACGUCGAUAUUCUGGAGAUCAUCCUGUUCGUCAGCGAGGAGAGACUUGAGUUCGGGGAAAAGUUCAUCAGCAUUGCUCGUCCUGUUCUGCCGAAUGAGCUUAUUUUGGAUAUUCUUUGGGGAUUUCACCACAUACUGGCUCUUCGAAAUCUCAGUACCCUCCGCUUUGUUGGCGAUCCAGACAGGAUCCUGCGCAACCCGGAUGACAGGACCUUGCUGGAAGGGGUGAGAGGCAAAAAGCUCUUUCGUGGAGACACCGGUCGUCGGCCUCGUGUGGUCUUCGAGCAUCCUGCUGGUCUUGAUUAG